CGCCGCAUGCCGUCACUGUUCGGAACAUAUUCUGUCUGGUGAAUGCACACGUUUACGCAUUGACAAUUGCUCCACGCCUUUGAUCACAAAGGUUUCUCAUUCUCAACCACGGUUACGCGCGACCCACUCUACGCGCCCUUAUAACCUCGCGCCUGCCCCACCACCCCUCCAUCUAUCGCGAUCGCAAGUGCAACCUAAGGCUGAAUCACACAAUCGCGCAAUACACCCGACACACAACCAUGGCUGCUGAACCAGCAAACCUGCCCGAGGGCAUCAUCUCCCUCUUGGACACGGAUCUCUACAAGCUGACUAUGCAAUGUUGCAUACUCAAGUUCUUCCCCGAUGUCUCAGUCACCUACGGCUUCACGAAUCGCACGCCCGACAAGAAGCUCAACCGCGCAGCCUUCAAGUGGUUACAAGCGCAAGUAGAUAAACUCGAGAGUGUCACCGUCUCCAACGCCGAAAUCAACUUCCUCAAGAACACCUGCCCCUACCUAAACGCGCAAUACCUCCACUUCCUCUCCACGUUCCGCCUCAAGCCUUCCAAACAGCUCAAGCUAUCUUUCCAACCCGCGAACGACACUGGGUCAGACAGCGACAGCGGCGAUUUCCACAUCCAUACCGAGGGUCUUUGGCUAGACACCAUCCUGUACGAGAUUCCGUUACUGGCGCUGGUCAGCGAGGCCUACUUCAAGUUCGUCGAGACAGACUGGAGCCAUGCGGGCCAAGUCGAAAAGGCAUACCAGAAGGGGCGGAGUCUGUUGGAAGGCGGAUGCAUCUUCUCCGAGUUUGGCUCGCGGAGACGUCGCGACUACCACACCCAGGAUCUCGUGCUGCAGGGCCUGCGCCGGGCGGCUGACGAGGGCGACAAGGCAGGGUGGAAAGGCAAACUCUCAGGGACGAGCAACGUCCACUUCGCCAUGAAGCAUGGCCUCGUUCCAGUGGGCACCGUCGCGCACGAGUGGUUCAUGGGUGUGGCUGCGAUUACCAACAACUACGAGAGCGCAAACGAAAUUGCCCUAGAAUACUGGACAGCGACAUUUGGCGCAGGUGUCUUGAGCAUCGCACUCACAGACACGUUCGGUACACCAACCUUCCUGAGAGCCUUCAAGAAGCAGAUUCCUCGCGUUACCACGGCUAUUCCAGGAGGUGCCACAACGCUGGCGUCAGCGGGACAAACCACCAACAAUGAUGCCGUAGAGACGAUGGCGUCAACCAACCCGCCUAUUCAGGCACCAUACGACGGGAACCAAGGGUCGCGACAGACCUAUGCCGAGGUAUUCGCAGGCGUGCGACAGGACUCUGGAGACCCGUUGGAGUUUAUCAAGAUGAUGCGCGACUUCUACGACCAGGAAGGCAUCAAGGAUAAGAAGACCAUUGUAUUCUCCGACUCUUUGAACCUGGAGUUGUGCUUCAAAUAUAAGGCUGCAGCAGAGGCAGCAGGGUUCCAGCCUACUUUCGGUGUUGGAACAUUCCUGACAAAUGAUUUUGUCGAGCAGUCAACAGGCAACAAGUCUGUACCCCUCAACAUUGUGAUCAAGAUCGCCUCCGCUGCGGGGCGCUACGCCGUCAAGAUUAGCGACAACAUUGGCAAGAACACAGGAGACAAGGCGACAGUAGAUGAAGUCAAGCAGCGACUAGGCUACCAGGAGAAGUCGUGGGCUGGGGGUGAUGAGAAGACGCGUUGGGGAACUGCAGGCGCGCCAGCUACUUAGUAUGUGCGGUGUGCAUCUCAUCCGGUGGGGCGUAUACGUUGGCUAGACUUGAGCUCCUACGCUGCAGAGACGUGGAGUCCAACCAAGAAGUGGAGGCGUUCAUAAGCUGAGAUGCGGUCUGCAAGGCUGAGUCUAGCGCAGACCUUCCUGCGAUGACCGUGAAGCUGCGUCAGCGCUUGGUGGCCGGCUCGGAGUCUCUUUACGAGAUGAGGCGAAAGUCAACAGUAGAUGCGAGAGUAGUGCAAGCGAAUAGCAAGUUUGCAGCCCAAA